CGUACAAGCCGUUAGACCCCACACUUUCCGCGCCAGCUGGGAGUGCGCACCGCGGAAAGCUGGUGGGUGGGCGGCGGUCCUAGCGCUUCCCAUCCUCGCUCCGGGUCUCUGCUGUCACACGCCUGGGGAGGGGAAACAGUCGCCUCCUGAGUCUCCAUUCUGCUGCAGUGGCCCCUGCGUUAAUUCUCCCUCGAGCUGCGGCUGGAGAGGCUGCGGUAGCUCCUGUGCCUCGGUGCAGGUGGCGCAGCCUCUGCUGGCUGCCGGCUUGGCGGGAGGGUGCGGGAGCGCACGCCCCAGGCAGCGUCGGUCUGCGUCCUUCCUCCUGCUAGUCCUAUCCCCGCAUUCCCCGCCCCCGCCUCGCUCGGCGCCUCCUCUCAGGCUGCAGCAGACCGCUCAACACAGCCGCAGCGCCUGGUGUCUGGACAGCCUGUGGGAGGCACGCACGCCCACACUCACCCUGCCUGGCUGCACCCCUGCCCAGCAUGUCGGCUCUCGAGUGGUACGCCCACAAGUCUCUAGGCGAUGGUAUCUUCUGGAUUCAAGAACGCUUCUAUGAGUCAGGCAACCGCGCCAACAUCUGGCUGGUGCGCGGCUCCGAGCAGGACGUGGUGAUUGAUACAGGCCUGGGGCUGCGCAGCCUCCCGGAGUACCUGUACUCCUCCGGCCUCUUGCAGGACCGCGGGGCCAAAGAGGACGCGGCGCACCGGCCGCUGCUUGCCGUGGCCACCCACGUGCACUUCGACCACUCCGGCGGCCUCUACCAGUUCGACCGGGUGGCCGUGCACCACGCCGAGGCCGAGGCUUUGGCUCGCGGGGACAACUUUGAGACUGUGACCUGGCUCUCCGAUAGCGAGGUGGUGCGGGCGCCCAGCCCCGGCUGGAUGGCCAGACAGUUCCGGGUACAGGCGGUGCAGCCCAGCCUCAUCCUGCAGGAUGGGGAUGUGAUCAACCUUGGUGACAGGCAGCUCACUGUUAUGCACAUGCCAGGUCACUCCAGGGGCAGCAUUUGCUUACAUGACAAAGACCGAAAGAUUCUCUUCAGUGGAGACGUCGUGUAUGAUGGAUCACUCAUUGACUGGCUCCCAUACAGCAGGAUAAGUGACUAUGUCGGAACCUGUGAACGUCUAAUAGAAUUAGUGGACAGAGGUCUGGUAGAGAAGGUGCUUCCUGGGCACUUCAAUACCUUUGGUGCUGAAAGGCUUUUUCGAUUGGCUUCCAACUAUAUUUCAAAAGCUGGGAUAUGUCACAAAGUUUCUACUUUUGCCAUGCGAUCUCUUGCAAGUUUAGCUCUACGUGUAACAAAUUCUAGGACCUCACCCUAGUAUCUAUCCUGAUAAUAUAUUUUGAUUAAUUAUAUACAUUAAUUCAUUCUGUGCUAUUUAAAUGAUUAAUAGUGAGCAUUUCAUGAAGUGCUUUUAUACCACUAUUGUAUAUCAGAGAAAGAAAGAUUGAGAAUGAAUAAGCCAAAAAGAAAAUUGUUGAAGUUGUUUUCUUUCUUCCAAGAAAGAAGCCAGUUAAAUCUGCUUAUACUUGCCAAAGCUGUCAUCAUGUAAUACGUGCUCUAGAAAUGACGUAAAGGUUUAUGAGGAAGCAAAGAGAGAUUUUGUGGCAAAAGAAAGAC